GGAGAAUGCGCCGCAUAGUACACUUACGUCAUUGACCGGAAGCGGAUGCCAAUCACAUGAAACCCUUUUUUGGACCGGAAGUGGGCAACUGGCCGACAGCUUCGGAGGGUUGCGGAGCGCUUCUCGAUUCUAUGGAAGAGAUGUCAGGAGACAGUAUGGUCAGCUCGGCAGUGCCGGCAGCUACGACUAGGACCACAUCUUUUAAGGGCUCCAGUCCCAGCUCCAAGUAUGUGAAGCUGAAUGUUGGAGGGGCGCUGUACUAUACCACCAUGCAGACACUCACCAAACAGGACACCAUGCUGAAGGCCAUGUUCAGUGGCAGGAUGGAGGUGCUCACGGACAGUGAAGGCUGGAUCCUCAUUGACCGUUGUGGGAAACAUUUCGGGACUAUCCUGAACUACCUGCGGGAUGGGGCAGUGCCACUUCCUGAGAGCCGGCGGGAGGUGGAGGAGCUGCUAGCCGAGGCCAAGUACUACCUGGUUCAAGGGCUGGCAGAUGAGUGCCAUGCUGCCCUGCAGAACAAGGACACGUAUGAGCCGUUCUGCAAGGUGCCCCUGGUGACCUCUUCCAAGGAGGAGCAGCGACUCAUCGCCACCUCCAAUAAGCCGACAGUCAAGCUGCUGUACAACAGAAGCAACAAUAAGUAUUCCUACACCAGCAACUCUGAUGACAACAUGCUGAAGAACAUUGAGCUGUUUGAUAAGCUGUCGUUGCGCUUCAACGGACGAGUGCUCUUCAUCAAGGACGUCAUCGGGGAUGAGAUCUGCUGCUGGUCCUUCUAUGGCCAGGGCCGAAAGAUCGCUGAGGUGUGCUGUACUUCCAUCGUCUACGCCACAGAGAAGAAGCAGACCAAGGUGGAGUUCCCGGAGGCCCGCAUCUAUGAAGAGACACUGAACAUCCUCCUGUACGAAUCCCAGGAUGGCCGAGGCCCUGACAAUGCCCUGUUGGAGGCCACGGGGGGCGCUGCGGGCCGCUCACACCACCUAGAUGAGGAUGAGGAGCGCAUUGAGCGUGUACGCCGGAUCCACGUGAAGAGGCCGGAUGACCGCACACACCACCACCAGUGACCGCGUCACGCGUAUACACAAGCUGUACGUAAACAUGCAUCCACACACGAACCCUCACAACUAGAAGCCUGUGCCCCGUGCCUUAUAACAACCACCGCUCCCCGCAUAGGAGCCCCCCCAGUCACCUCCAGAGCCAUGGUGCUCCUGGUUUUUCAGUCUGCUUCACUAUGACUGACACGAUGCCUGAAGCCGAGACCUCGCUGCAGCACGUCUUUUGGCGCCCCAUCUCCCCCCCCCCGAUCUGGUGGGGAAUGAGUGGGAAAUAUGUGUCUGAGGAGGAACAGUGCGGUCUGCAUCUUAGCAGGUCAUGUCAUUCUGAGCUGGAAAUGCAGACAAGCAUAACUGUCCUUCACAGUCAAACUGGUGGUGCCCCGACGCAGUCUGGAACCAAACCAGAACAUUCCUCUGAGCUCUACAGUGCAUUAGCGCUUUGCGAUUAGCUUAGUGGAUUCCCCUCAGCUGCCCUAAUUUGUCUUGCUGUGACGUCAUGGUGGCCCUUCAGACACGGGAGGUAGAUAUCUUUUUAAGAAUGAGCCAUGGGAUUAUAGGACUGCUCAUUUAUAAUCCUGUAGGGCUAAGUCUGGGACAUUUAUAUUCCAGCCAGGAACCAAGCCACCCUCCUCCUGCCUUCCGGUCUGUUUUCCUCAACCCAUAAUUAUGUAAUAAGAGUUGGGAAUAUUUUGGAUUCUGUUAUCCAGGACUGUAAUUGACUGGCUAUGUUUUAAUGAUGGUCCCAGUCCUGGAAGGUUACAGCUUCUGUUGGAUUAUCUCUCUUCUUUUUCUCUUUUUUGUAUAAUGGAAAAACAAGCUGUCAUCUUCCAGUAUUGAGUGACUAGCCCGAGAUUUAGAGGAGAGUUGAGAGCCUACUCCACCACCCAAUAUUUGGUUAUCAGGUGGUGUUUAAUUACUCAUCUGUCGCGUCAUCCUGAAAACAUGUCUCUUAUGUAUGUGUAGUCCAUGUGUGUUCCAAAUGAUGUAAUUUGAGUCUUAAUAAUGCUGUGCAAAAGUGUGUACGAAAAAUGGAUGGAUGAAAGUGUACAAGUUCCACACAGAAAUUUGAAACGGAUUUCAUUUCAUAAAUGUUAUGUCUGAAAAGUUUGUAGUAAGUGUGCAGAAGCAUUUUGGGUGUUAAGGUGUUCAGAGGAGAGUGAAUUUGAAUACGUCUGACUUUUAUAAUGUUCAAUUUUGAAGUAUACUAAUGGUGGUGGUGAAAAACCAUUUUUGGAGGUGAAAGGGUGAGGUAGUGCUGGAAUUCUGUUUCUGGUCCAGCAGAGGACAGUGUUUCGCAACAUUUUUCAAGACCAUAGAAGGCUUAUUUUGCACUGUUAAUUUUGUGUGUCUUAGGUAUUUUCCCCAGUUGUUUUAGUUUAGUAAUGGAGCAGCAGACAUGCAGUGCCCCUCAUUUAAUUCAGUCCAGUAUCUGUAUGCUUUGUGUUUUGAAAAUGUAAGUUUUGGGCAUGGUGUUCAGUUGUUAAUUUCAUGUGUAGAAUUGGAGACUAAGACCAAAAUGGGAAGCAUAUUCCCUUAUCCCUUUUACAGAAAGUUAUUUAAAAACUAAAAACUUGUGCUGCAUUGUAACUUUUUUUGAAAGGAAUGAUUGGUUUGUUAGGCUUAAGUACAAGUUUGUUUUUUAAGCAAUCAUUUCACAAUGAAAAUCUUUGUACAUAUGCACAGUGAAGUGUCUUACUUAUAUUUAUACAUUAUCACAAUAAAAACACUUUAAGUAUA